AUGAGUUCCGGAGAAGUGGCUUUGAUGUUAGUAUAUGCUGUACAGCUUACGGGUUUCUUCUCAUGGAUAAUGCGACAGUCGGCUGAGUUACAGAACGGAAUGGUAUCCGUGGAAAGGAUUGUACAGUACACGGAACUCGAAUCUGAACACGAUGAUACUCAAGCUGAGGAAGUACCAAAAUCCUGGCCUAGCGAAGGCCACAUUACGGUAUCGCUCUUGGAAAGUUUGUCGUACAAGGAGAAGAUUACGAACAUGAGCAUGAAAUACGACGAAGAUGGAGAAUACGUUUUGAAGAACGUUUCGCUAGAUAUCAAACCAAAGGAAAAGGUCCGUAUCUCGUUUUUUGAGCGAUUUGAUCCUCUCAGCAAUAUUGGCAUCGUUGGGCGCACAGGUGCAGGAAAGUCUUCUUUAUUGCGAGCACUAUUUCGACUUACCCCUCCCGUCUCUGGAAAUGUCAUGAUUGAUGGUGUGGACACAGCCACAUUGCCGUUGAAAGUGCUGCGUAGAGGAAUCGCCAUAAUUCCACAGGAACCGAUUCUUUUCAUUGGAAGCUUGCGAAGAAAUCUUGAUCCCUUCAACCAGUACAGUGAUGAGGAAUUGUGGCGUGUCUUGGAACAGGUUGAGUUGAAACCCGUAGUAAUGGAAUUACCUGGUGGUUUGGAAACUCCAAUGCACGAAGGUGGAUCGAAUUUCUCUGUAAGGAACUUCAUCUAUUUUUGUUUUCUCCUUGAAAAUACGAAUUUAGCUUGUAAAUGUGUUAGUUCUAAAAUAGCAGUGCCUCUAUAG